AUGCAGUAUGUUGGCAGAGCAAUUGGUUCAGUUUCCAAGACUUUGUCUUCUAUAAACCCAGCAACGCUUUCUGGUGCAAUCGAUGUUAUUGUUGUGGAACAACCAGACGGAACAUUGGCUUGCUCACCAUUUCAUGUACGUUUUGGUAAGUUCAGGAUCUUAAAACCGUCACAGAAGAAAGUUGAAGUUCUAGUUAAUGGUCAGUCCACCAACAUUCCCAUGAAAUUGGCAGAAUCAGGGGAAGCUCAUUUUGUCUUUGAAACUUCAACAGAUAUUAAUAACAUUCCUGAUGAUUUACUAGCUUCACCUUUACUUACGAAUAUUAAUAGCCCCCCUUCGUCACCAGAAUCUUCAAAUAUCACAACUCUGCAAAAUGGUCCUAAUGAUGGUACGUCUUCAAUUACAAAUCCAACCAAUAAUAAUGUUAAAAACAAGACAAAGAACAAAUUAGAAGAACCUAGUUUCUUAGAUAUUAAUGAAGAUCCAUCAGAACAAACAUCUAACGUGUUGGAUCAUUCUUCUUCCACAAAUUCCCUGUCCAAUGAUGCAGUGCAUACUGCAACCGUAUCACCAACCCCUGAUCAGAUCAACAUGUUUAAAAAAAAACUAAAUAAAACAUUGACUGAUAUUCAUAUACCAAGCAAAUUAGAUAAUAAUGGCGAUCUUUUAUUAGAUAUGGAAGGUUAUAAACCAGAUGAAGAAAUGAUGGAUUUCACAGAUGAAAAAUUGAAAACUUUAAUAAAGGAUGAAUUGGGUAACAAUUUCGAUAUCUCAAAGAUUGUGAAAGAAGAUGAAAAUGGUAAUAUUAAAAUUAUUCAACCAAAUUUAGAUGACUUAGAGAAUUUUGAUAUAAAUGAUAAUAGUAAUAGUGAUGGGGCAUUUAGUUCCAAUUCUUUCAAUAGUUUAUAUAAAGAAGAUAUUUUACGAGAUCAUCCACAAUUAGACCAUAUUGACAAUAAUAGUAAUGAUAAUGAUACUUUUGAAUUUCCAAAAACAAUUGAUACUAUUGCAGAAAGUCUAAAUUCUCAAUAUUCCGCUGAACAAGAUGAUAUCACUAUAGGAACUAAUGAUCUUGCGAAUACUACAACUAGUACCACAACAACAACAGCUACAACUGCUGCAACACCGUUAAUGAAUAACGUGGAAAAUAGAAGUGUGAACGAUAGUAAUAAUGCGAUCAAAAUUACUGAAAAUAAUCCCUCGAGCACUUUUAACGUUGAUCAAAAGAAUAUUUCUCCGAUGAAUUUUGAACCUGGGAAAAAUCAAACUCCAAAAUUAGCCAAGAAUUAUAUCAAAACUCUAAGAUUAACCAGUGAUCAAUUAAUGUGUUUAAAUUUAAAAUAUGGUGAAAAUGAUUUAACAUUUACCGUAGAUAAGGGUAAAGCCAUAGUAACCUCCAAAUUAUAUGUUUGGAGAUGGAAUGUCCCCAUUGUAAUUAGUGAUAUUGACGGUACAAUUACCAAAUCAGAUGCAUUGGGUCAUUUAAUGAACUUGGUAGGCAAAGAUUGGACCCAUGUUGGUGUAGCAAAUUUAUUUUCUGAAAUUUCUAAAAAUGGGUAUAACAUUCUAUACUUAACUGCUCGUAGUGCUGGACAGGCUGAUUCAACAAGAAAUUAUUUGAAUUCAAUUUUACAAGAUGGUGUUAAAUUACCAGCAGGACCUGUUAUCUUAUCACCAGAUAGAACCAUGGCAGCACUAAGAAGAGAGGUUAUUCUUAAAAAACCAGAAAUAUUUAAAAUUGCAUGUUUAAAUGAUAUCAGAUCAUUAUAUUUUGAAUCCAUUGGAGAAAGAAUUGAAUAUCAAUCUAACAAAGUAGAUAAUCUUGACAAUAAAAAUUCAAAUUCACCUAAUGAAAAUGAAUUCAAUUCUAACAAUUCGACGGAAUCUAUAUCUUCAGUCACGUCUCAAAAUAGAGCUGUCAUUAAAAGAUGUUUAGUGAAACGAAGCCCGUAUUAUAGUUUAUACAAUCCAUCUUCUAAAGUUAACAACGAUGAUAUGUUGACGCCAUUUUUUGCAGGAUUUGGUAAUAGAAUCACAGAUGCAUUAUCCUAUAGAACUGUGGGAGUUCCAAGUUCUAGAAUUUUCACAAUUAAUCCUGAUGGUGAAGUUCAUAUGGAAUUAUUAGAAUUAGCGGGUUAUAGAAGUUCAUAUGUCCAUAUCAACGAAUUAGUUGAUCAUUUCUUCCCACCAGUAGUGACAUUGGAAUCUGAUUUCAAUUUUAAAAGCCCUACAAGUUUUACACCUGGUUCACCUGUCUUUAAUACCACUAACAUUAAUAGUUCUAUGGAUAUGGGAGAUAUGAGUCAUAUCAAUUUGAAUAGUCCCGAGAGCAUGCACAAUAAUUCUAAUGACGAUCAUUUCAACGAUCAUCCUAAUACAUUCAUCAUUGGUUUAAAUCAAAAUGGUAUUACAAGUACCACCACAGUGGAUACAAAACCAUUCUUUAGAAAUAAUCAAGAGGAAAAAUAUACCGAUGUAAAUUUUUGGAGAGAACCAUUAAUUAAUAUUGAUGAUUUAUCUGAUUUAAGUGAUGAAUGCAACCCAGACCAACAAGAUGACAGUGGUACUAUCAAUAACAAAGAUACCGAAGAAGUACUUCGAUUAAAGAGUUCUCAAGGAGAAAAUAAGAACAAAAAUAAAAAUAAGAAGAAAAAACCAGAAUCAAUUUCCAAGAAAAAAUAUGCAGAUAUUCCUAAGCAGUCCUCCAAUAAUAGCAAUACUCCUACAAAUAAAUCGACUCAAACCAACACUGGUGGUGGAUCUAGGGCAUGGAGUUGGGGUGGCGGAAGCAAUAGGAAUAAUAAAGAUAUUUUAGAGGAGAAAUCACCAUUAAAUGAUAAAACAAUCACUACUGCCGAACAAGCCACUAGCACUCCGACUAAAGAAGAAAUUGGUAAGAAAAUUUAUUUCAAUCUGGGCUCUCCCUUGUCAUCACCAAAACUUUCAUUCAUAGGAAACCCUGAUUCGUUGACCGAAACUACCACAAUUUCUAUAGAGCAUAAAAAUUCCUCUAAUCAUAUUGAUGGUACCAACACUAUGACAAGUUUAACAGAGAAAAUGAAUCAUCUCUCGAUAGGUUCCACACAACCUGGCCUCGCCACUUCGGGAAUCUCCAAGAUUAACGUCCUGGAUGACGCACAUUACAGCGAGACAGAUUUACCUAUCUUGAAUACAGACUUACAUCAAAAAGUCACACAAUCAAACAACGAAGAAGAAGAUGACGAUGACGAAUUUGAUGAAGAUGAAUUUGAUGAAGAUGAAUUCGACGAGGAUGAUUUUAGUGACUAG